AUGCCAGUUGUAUUUCAUCUCGGUGAUAAAUCGGUAUCCAUUCAUGUUGAAAAGAGUUGGAGUAUUCUCUUUCUCAAGCAAUUCGUUUGUAUGGAGCUUAAAUGUGACCCCCAUGCACAUUUGCUUUCCCAUAAUGGGACUCAGCUGACUGACUGGGGAAAGGUUUCAGACUUCGAUUUUCUUCUUGCUGAUGAAACUUCCGUCGACGUUCUUCCACAUACCAAUCUCAAUCAUUUUUAUGUUCUUUGCUAUUGUUGUGACAAUGUGACUCCUGCUGUUUUUACUACUUACUGUGACAAAUGUACUUCCCCAGAUUUUGCUCUAUCUUCUGAUGUUGGUAAUCCGAAAAUCAAGGCGGUUAGUGGCAUUUGCAAACAAUGUCAAAGUAUUUCUGGUAAAGUUUUUAUGAAAUGUUCUAACGAUAACGAACACAAUCCUGUGAUAUUUCUGGAACAAGUUUUCCGAAAUUUGGACAAUUUAUUAUGUAUCUCGUGCCUUUACAAAGACAGGGAAAUUAUUAUUAAAUUCUGUGGUGACAGUGGUCACGUCUUGUGUCUUGACUGUUUUCGGAGGUAUACUGAGAGUUAUCUUUCAGAUUCGAGAUUUAAAAUGAUACCAGAUAUUGGUUUAACCCUUUCUUGCCCUAUGGGUUGUCCAAAUUCUCACGUUACUGAUACUCACCUAUUUCGCAUCCUUGGAAAGACAUUCUACUCUCGUUAUAAAGAGGUAGCAGCUAGACUUUCGUGCUACUCCGAAGGUAUUUUUUCAUGCCCAAAUUGUGGAGCAUUUUGGGAGCCACCCGAUUUUCAAUCUCGAUCUAAUUGGGUCGUAUGUGAAAAGCCCUUUGGAUGUGGAGCACAAUUCUGUUCUUCUUGUCAUAAUGUUAUCGACUCGGACAAUGUCGGAUGCACGUGUAAUCAAUAUGAUUCAAUUAUUAAUCAACCAUCAAUAUCCGACCAGAUUGGUCGAAAGGAAAUUACUGGAUCGUGGAUUGGGGUUUCGAUUAAAACUGACAAUUUAGCCACUUCUUCCUUAAUCGCGGCUUCCUGUAAGACAUGUCCUCGGUGUAAAAGUUGGACAAGUAAAGAUGGUGGUUGCAAUCAUAUGACGUGUAGUAUCUGUGGUUUCGAGUGGUGUUGGAUAUGCCAUACUGAGUGGACCAAAACCUGUCAAGCCAAUCAUUGGUUUUGA